UAAGUUUAAUUUUAAUUUAACAACAAAUAGAAAUAACUGAAGAGGUAUCGAAAAGUAGAAAAUUAUGGCAGCACAAGUGAUGUGUUUAACAUCGUCAGGAGGAAUUCCAUUGUUUUCUCGUCAAAAGGGAGACAAAGAAAUGAUAACUUUUUCUAAAAUGGCAUCUCUAAAUGGCGUCCACAUGUUUCUUAAAACACAAAAUAUGAAACUGUUAAAUACGGAUCUACCAGAUACAGCUAUAGUUUGGAAAGAAUAUGAACAAAGUAUUAUAUUAAUAAUUAUUGCUAAUGGUGCAACAAAAUAUACUUUAAAUAAAUUUCUUGAUGUUGCCUUUGGUGCAAUGAUCUUAUUUGUUGGUAUUGAUGAAAUUAAAAAUACAAAGAAUAUAGAGCGCUUAAAAAAAGAUUUACGUGCAUGUAAUCCAAUUAUAGAUAGACUCUUAGAAUGUUUAGAUAUCGGAGAUAGAAUUUGUACCAAGACAGAUAUAGUUAAUAUGACAGAGUGUAUAAUUUUACAUGAGAACCAUCUGCUGCAGACUUGUUUAGAGGGAUACAUGGAAUGUUUAGAUUCAAUGUAUGGAUGCAUUUUGGUACAUGGUUGUUUAGCAGUAGGAACCGACGGAUGGUGGUCCUUGGAUCCAAUAGAACGGAAAUUACUAAUAAUGACAAUAGCAACUGAGACAAAUUACACAGCACGCGAUUUACCAAUCUUUUUACCUUAUAAGAGUCCAGACAUAGCUUUUAGAUUAGUAUCUAUUACAUUAAUAAAUCACGUAGAAGUGGUGGCUCUAUGCGGACCUAAUCCAGAGUUAUCAGAGAUUGAAAGAUAUGUUGUGCAAUGCUGGAAAACUAGUAUGGAUAUUUUACGUAAUUCCGAGCAGUGUUAUCCUAGAAAUAUACCCACUGCAAUCUCUUUGGAUAUCAAUGCAUUGGGAUUCUUGUUAGCAAACUAUAAGAUAGAAAAAUUUGUACUUGGUAGAAAUGCACAAAGCACAAAAAAUCGGAUAACAGGAACACAUAGAUUAGAUGUUUUAAGAACUUUUUAUCAUCAGGCAAUAGAAACGUUUAUGCUUUCGUCCGAAUUGGAAGAAAAUGCCAUAGAAAUGGAUAUGGAAAGUAAAUGGAAAUUUGUGGGUGCCAAGGAAACAUACCUAUGUUCGGAAUAUCAUAAAUGUCAUGCUUUGAAAGAUGGAGAUCACAUACUCUGCGUGUUAUAUACAUCUAUUGUACCUACUCAUACAAUGAGAUUGAUUACCGAAAAGAUCUUGAAAAUGUUAUUAAUUGAUAAGCAAGUUUGUUGGUAAACUGCAAGGAAAAUAAAAAAAAUUAUUCUUCUAAGCAAAUAAAAUGUGUUACUGUAUCAUCCAUGUAGAAGAUGAUGCCUAAAAAUAAAAAAAAGAAAAAGGAUUAA